AUGGCUUCCCCUCUGCCUGACUCUUUCGCUCUGUGGCCACCGACACCUCGUACAAAUGGCAACAGGCCUGCAACAGUUCAUGAAACUAGCUUUCCAUAUUCUUCACUUCCAGAAGACUGUUCUACUGCCGUACCUGCUUGGGACCCGACUUGCUUGAUCCCCUCUGAGAGUCAUAGCCUUGGAACCAGUCCUGUGGAUCUGUCUCAAUACGAUAUGAAUAGCAACGAUUGGAGCCGUCCUAGAGGCGUUGUCGGCGAGUGCAACUUGGAUACUGACGUGGAUCGCAUGGGAUCCAGCUAUGGAAGCAGCGGCAGUAACAGCACUAACCUCCUCGACCCUCACUAUCAUUUCUCACCACAACAAGUCGGCGAUGCCCUGAGCUUGAAUACCAACGUUGCCCGCCGCUUCUCAGACACAAUUUCAAUGUCCAGCGCAGACCAGGCCGCCUUGUUGUCUGCAACUGAUAUGUUUUUCGACAACUCGCCAUAUGAGACCUCGCCCUACGAGACCUCGCCAUACCCAGAGUCAAUCAUGUCCGACUACACCCACAGAUCAACAUUCACAAUGUCCACCAGCACAACCCCUCUCUCACCCGUAAUGUCGCCCAACAGCAACAGGAUCAGGAGCGGAAGCCGCGGGCGUGCCUCGCCCUCACCAUCAAGGACCACCAUGAGAGCAGUCCCAUACUCGACAGCAGGGCGAGACGCAAAUAAGAGGUGGUCCACAGGCUCAUUCCUGCCAAAUUCGCAGACCUCAUCGCCAUACAUUGUCACCCAGAUCGAUCCCUGCCAGGUCCAGAAUUUCCACUCAAACAACUCGCACCACUCGUCGCCCACAUACUCUUCACCCACAUACUCAUCGCCAACCUGCGGAUCAGCGCAAUGCCCGCCGCACCCCCCACAGCAGAUGCUCCUCGCCUCACAUAACCACAACUUCUCGCGCGGCGGCGGAUACGUCCAGGCGCAACAGCAGCAGCAACAGCAGCAGGGCCCAUAUGUAGAUGAUUUGGGCUGCCAGCCGCAGAUGCCGAACCACCUGUUCGUCAAGAUGCUACAGUCCAACGCAGCGGAGCACUACCGCAGCCACUAUGCCGACUUCACCGACCCCCCAGAUCUCUAUGCCUCGCUGCAAGAGGAGCAGAUCCCGCCGCCGGCGGAGGACAUGAACCCCGAGGACCCGGAGAUGAAGCCGCAUGAGCAGGACCUCAGGUUCGAGGGCGACCUCUACACACCGCGCUGGGUCCGCGGACAUGGCAACAAGCGUGAGGGAUGGUGCGGCAUCUGUAAGAGGUGGCUGGUGCUCAAGAACUCGGCAUUCUGGUACGAUAAGUCAUUCACCCAUGGCAUCAGCGCGGCGACGGGACAGCGCUUCGUGGAGCCAAAGUCGGUUAGGAGGAUGGAGGGCAAUAUGGAUGUCUGGGAGGGCUUGUGCCAUAGCUGCAAUGACUGGGUGGCGCUCGUAAGCAAUAAGAAGAAGGGUACUACUUGGUUCAGACAUGCGUACAAGUGCCAUACACACCCAAAGAUCAAGGAUGCGCCAAAGCGACGAAGGGAGAGCAGUCAAGGGAAAGCUGCCGCAGCCGCUGCAGCAGCGGCAGCCAAAACGAGACAGGAUGCGAUGAAUGUCAAGGUUGAGGUGCAACAUCAGCCGCAACAGAACCUGCAACAAUCAUCAUUAGAUCUGCAACGCCAGCGCCACCACCACCACCACUAUUAG